AUGGCCCUGGUCUUGGGCGGUAGCAUCGUACUUGAGUGGGCUGUGUCGCGUCUUGCAUAUGCUGAGAGGAAACGGACGAAUAGUGGCAGGCGCUGGACUGAGGAGGGAGCUGAAAGGUGCAUCUGGUCAGUGCACAACGCCACCGUCCUUCGUACCGGUACUUGGCCCCCAGCAGCACUGUUGAAAGAGGUAGGCCCAGAGGCGAGUCCACAUUCGUCACUGCCUAUAAUGGGCAUGCCAGAAGAUUUGCACCGAGGCAUUAUAUGCAGUGAAUGUCUCACAGACUCACCCUCAGGAGAUAUCCAUCAAUCGGUCCACGCGGACCAGAGCAGGACCAACCGAGACGAAACGGAGUUGUGUUCAGGAGUGCAACUGGAUCCGGAUCUAGUAGUCGUCGAGGCCGACGGGGGCCAGAAGUUCUUUCACCGAGCAGCAGCCCUACUUCAAGAGCGAUUCGUUGACGUGAGAUUAUCGCAGAAAUUAUCUAAUCAAAACAGCAACCAGUGA